AUUCACUUGUAUUAUUUUAUGUCAUUAUUAACGUGAAAGCGAUUUUAAGUUUAAAUGAACAAAUUGUAUACAAUGGAGUGGUAUUAUCUCUCGCCAAGGGCCCUUAAAUCACCGCUAUGAAGUCUUACCUGUGGAUAUAUACGUAGUUGUACUUACCUGUACUCGUAUAUCUACCUGUGUUAGGUACGUCAUUACGAAUCUUACCUGUCAAUACAACGACCAGAAUGGACGCAAGAAAACGUAGGACCUCUCUGGCCAUACAGAUUGAAGAACAGUCUGGAAACAUAACUGAUGAAAUUCGAGAGGAGAUUAAAGAAAGCUUUGAGAUGUUCGACUCGGACCACGAUGGGAAAAUAUCAACGUCCGAGAUUAAAAACCUUCUUACCAAUCUUGGAAUGACACCCGACAAGAGUGUCAUUGAUGACGUCAUCAAGAGGCUUGAUGCCGAUGAGAACGGCACUGUUGAAUACGAUGAAUUCGAGGACUUCAUUACCAAAAGCGGCUUUCUGAAGUGUCUUCCAGACGAGACAGAUCAGGAAAUGUUGGCAGCCUUCCAAGUACUUGACGCUGACGGCGAUGGGUUUAUCACUAAGGACGAGCUCAUAGAUUUCAUGUCACGUUUUGGCGAUAAGAAGACGGAAUCGGAGAUUAUGGACAUGAUCAAAGAGGCGGAUGUAAAUAAAGACGGCCGCAUCAGCUACACAGAAUUCACCAAGCACAUGGCACCUAACCUUUAGCCGAAACGAGUAUGGGAAUCAAUUUAUCAAUUAUUUGUAAAUGAUAAUCAGCAUGCACGAAAAGGACUUGGAAUGGUGUUUUAAUUCUCGUAACAAAAUGUAAACUGGAGAUUCAAAAAACAGCUGCGGCUAUAAUCAUGGACAUACGGUGAGAUGUCACGUGCCUGUGACGUCACAGUGUUUUUGUUCUGGUGGAUUUCAAGACCAUGUGAAUGUGUUCACGUCAUAGUUUGAGUGACCCCAUGUGAUCAAAACAGACAUUCUGUGACACGGGUCACGUUUGAUAUAAGGAAUUAAAUCGUCUCAUAAGGCAUGUUAGUACCAGUCACGUCAUUAAAACGUUUUCUUUAAUCAGGUGUACACGUAAGGCAAUCAAGUUCGGAGUGAGUAAAUGAGCGUGAAUCAUGCUGUGAGUCAAUGAGUUUGAAUAUCAAUCACAAAAUGAUUCAGUAAGCGUGAAUCAUGCUCUGAUUUAGUAAGUGAGCGUGAAUCAUGCUGUGAGUCAAUGAGUUUGAAAAUCAAUCACAGAAUGAUUCAGUGAGCGUGAAUCAUGCUCUGAUUUAGUAAGUGAGGGUGAAUCAUGCUGUGAGUGAAUGAGUUUGAAAAUUAAUCUCAGAGUGAGUCAGUGAGCAUUAAAUCAAGCUCUGAUUGAGGCAUUGAGGGUGAGUCAUGCUGUGAGUCCAGUGGUGAGUCAAUGAAAAUUAAUCUCAGAGUGAUUCAGUGUGCUCUUUUGGUCAGUAACUGAUAUUUAAGCUUUGACUAAGACAUUGAGCAAGUAAAUCCAACGUUGUCGGAGUCAGUUUUCACAAUAUUCAAAAUCGAAGUGAAUCAGCUGGGUCUGUGAUAAUUAAUUUUGAGUAAAAAAGUGAGCAUGAGUCAACGCUAAGUUAUGUGUUUGAAUCAAGCUCAAAGCGACUCAAUGAGUGUGAAUUGCGAUCUGAGUGACUCGAUGAACCUGAUGCAAGCUAUGAAUGACAAAAUUAGCGUGUGUAAUUAAUUGCUGAGUGCAUAACAAUAAAUAUCUGAAUGAGUCAAUGAACAUGAAAAUUAACUUCUGAGUGAGUCCAUUAGCGUGAUAUUUGAGCUUUGAGGUAGUCAAUUGGUAGGAUAAUUAAACUUUACUGAAAUAGUGAACAUUAAAUUUUAAAUUAUUUAUAUACGCAUUUAUUCGACCUUUUAUACUUAAAAAGAAAUACUUAAUAAAUGUAUGUUUACACAUAAAUGCAGUUUUGCCAUCAUUUGGAUAGGAAAUAUUCGAAAACAUAUUGUUGUGGGAUUUAUUUCAAAUGUAAUGACAAUGUGCAGUCUGAGUUUGUUUCUUAUUGCAAUCCGCACACUUCACACAAAUGAUUAUUAUCAACAGAGAUUGCAGUCGACACAUUCACUUUAAGAGGGAAAUGAUAAUCUUUCGGACGUAUAAGAUCCGGCCGUAGUAUCGUAUAAUGGAUUAAUUACGCGAUCAUUAAUUUUCGCGAUUUUGACCAAAAAUUAGAAAAAACAUUAACGCGGAUUGCAAUUUUGCGAUCUAGAUUCGCGGUGUUUUUGCACAGAGAUGAGACACUCGACAUAUAAAAUGUCAAAUAGUUAAAUAAAUAUUUUCGCAAUCAGGUUAUUGACUUCCGACAUCGCGAAAAUAUUAUCCCCGUGGAAAUAUCCGGCUAUACGGUAUUAUUACUAUGAUUACUAGAAAUACGAAUUAAAGGAAUGUGUCGAUGCCAAAAGCCAAAGUAAAAAUAGAUACCGCCAUUUCGUC